AUGGCAGACGCAACCAUCGGGACCCCGGAGCAGCUCCGCGAUCCCAACUAUACACCGGCGCUGUAUCAAGCCGUUCCGCUCGGAAUCCAGCAUGUGCUGGCGAUGUUCGUUUCCAAUGUGACGCCGGCGAUCAUCGUUGCGGGGGCUGCCGGCUUCGGUUUCGGCUCCGACAGCCCGGACUUUCCGGAGUUGCUCUAUCUCAUUCAAAUGUCGAUGCUGUUCGCCGGCCUCGCAACGCUGUUGCAGACGAUCACCAUCGGUCCGGUCGGCGCAGCGCUGCCGAUCGUUCAGGGCACCUCGUUUGCCUUUCUGCCGAUCAUGAUCCCGCUGGUCGCGGGGCAGGGCGUCGAUGCCUUGGCCGCGCUCUUCACCGGGGUGAUUGUCGGCGGUCUUUUCCACGCGUUUCUCGGCGCGUUCAUCGGCAAGAUCCGCUUUGCGCUGCCGCCGCUCGUCACCGGCCUCGUCGUCACCAUGAUCGGCCUGGCGCUGGUGCGCGUCGGCAUUCAAUAUGCCGCGGGCGGCGUCCCGGCGAUCGGCACACCGGAAUAUGGCAGCCUGGGCAACUGGAUCGUUGCGCUGAUCGUCAUCGUGGUGACGCUGGCGCUGAAAUUCUUCGCGCGCGGCAUGCUGUCGGUUUCCGCCGUCCUGAUCGGCCUGAUCGCCGGCUAUGUGUACGCGCUGGUCUUCACCGACAUGCUGAGCCUUGCGGCGAUUUCCAGUUCCUGGUCGAGCGCCGCCGCCUUCGCCCUGCCGCAGCCGUUCAAAUACGGGUUUGAAUUCUCGGUUGCCGUGAUCGUCGGCUUUUGCCUGAUGGCGUUCGUUUCGGCCGUCGAGACGGUCGGCGAUGUCUCGGGGAUCACCAAGGGCGGCGCGGGCCGCGAAGCGACCGACCGCGAAAUCGAGGGCGCGACCUAUGCCGACGGUUUCGGCACCGCCAUCGCCGGCGUCUUCGGCGGGUUUCCGAACACCUCGUUCAGUCAGAAUGUGGGCCUGAUCGCGAUGACCGGGGUGAUGAGCCGCCAUGUCGUGACGUUCGGCGCGCUUUUCCUGAUUGUCUGCGGGCUGGUGCCGAAGGUGGGCGGGUUGAUCCGCACCAUCCCGAUCGAGGUUCUGGGCGGCGGCGUGAUAGUGAUGUUCGGCAUGGUCGUGGCCGCCGGCAUCUCGAUGCUGUCCGACGUGACCUGGAACCGGCGCAACAUGGUGAUCUUCGCCGUGGCGCUGUCGAUCGGCCUUGGCCUUCAACUCGAACCGGGCGCCGUGCAGUACCUGCCCGACUGGCUGCGGGUCCUGAUGGUCUCCGGUCUCUUGCCGGCCGCCUCGAUCGCAAUCGUCCUGAACUUGGUUCUGCCGGAGGAAUUGUCGGACGAGGCAACCGAGGAAGUGUCCGGGGGCCUGUCCGGGAACGGCCAGGGCUCUUUGCGCCGGGAUGGCGGCUGA